AUGGACGAAAUCUUCUCCCGACUAAAACAACUGACCCCCGAUGAGCUGAGAGAAGAAAUUGUCAAAGCCGGCCUGAAGUGCGGGCCCAUCACGCUGACCACCAGGUCCAUUUUUGAGAAAAGAUUGGCCCAGGCUUUAUGGGAACAGCAGGGACCCUUGGAGGCCACGGCUCCCGUUUACAACGGCCUCCCGGAAACUGCUGCGGCUGACGGGAACCAGCCAGAACCUGGGAAAACGAACGGCCACCUUGCCUCCCCCGAGGAGGGCGAUUUUGGCUAUGGCAUGGGUCUGAACCCGCCUGAGGAGGAAGCCCUGAUGCGGGAAGCGAACGGCUCCCCUCUUCGCUCCCAGAUUCCCUCCAAAGAGCCUCUGCUGUACUACGGGGUGUGCCCGGUAUACGACGACAUCUUGACUAGAAAUGAAAGGGUACAUGUCUAUGAGGACAAAAAGGAAGCCUUGCAAGCUGUCAAAAUGAUUAAGGGGUCACGUUUUAAAGCUUUCUCAAACAGAGAAGAUGCAGAGAAAUUUGCCAAAGGCAUAUGUGAUUAUUUCCCAUCUCCAAACAAGUCUACCAUCUCUCUGUCUCCUGUCAAAGUCUGUUCGGUCUUCAGUAGAGAUGGUUUGUGCUCUCCUGAACUGGAAACGGUCAGUAAAGAAAGGGCCAACAGUUACAAAAGCCCUCGUACCCAGGAUCUGACUGCAAAGCUUCGGAAAGCCGUGGAGAAAGGAGAUGAAAGUGCUUUCUUAGAACUCAUCUGGAGUAAUCCCCGCUAUCUCAUCGGCUCCGGAGACAAUCCGACGAUUGUCCAG